AUCGUCCAGGUCUCGUGAACGUCCACCAGGUGGAGGAGAUCCAGGACAACAUCCUCCAGGCCCUCAACCAGCACCUGCAGCUCAAUCAUCCCGACGCCAGCUUCAUCUUCCCCAAACUUCUGCAGAAGCUCGCAGACCUGCGGCAGCUGGUGACGGAGAACGCGCAGCUGGUGCAGAAGAUCAAGAAGACGGAGUCCGAGACGUCGCUGCAUCCGCUGCUGCAGGAGAUCUACAGGGACAUGUACUGAGUCGAACCAUUCCAGGCACGCUGACCGAUCACUGUGACCUUCAGAGUUGUUGUUUUUAUAAAACGGACCAUUUGUCGCUGAUGAAAUCAGUGCAAACUUAACUCUAAACCGGACCGGGUCAGAUUGUGCGGGUCAAAGAGACGUCAGUGAAAUGCAAUAUUGCGCUGUUUAUACACAACAAUACUCGCCUCAAAUUUCCAGCGUCUUCAAAUCGCAGCAGUGCAUUCCUAUUCUUUUAAGUUGCGACAAAACCGCGUUGACCAAUGAGACACUUGCGAAAUACUGCAGCGCUACCGCGACUAAAGCUAUUUCGCCGUCUGAAGUUAAAUACCAAAGGUUGCUGCUAUUCGUGAAAUCCGUUUAGUUUUCUCCAUUUUCAUUUGUUUGGGUCGUUCGCAAGCUAGCCUUUCGUUGUGUUGCUGAUAAAGCCAAAAACAACGCUAACGCAACAUACGAGCGCAUUGUCGUAUUUAAACGUAUGCGUUUGUGUUCAUGUGGCGGUAACAAACCUCAGCACUGAAGGGGGCGUUAGAGUUACCUUCAAAUGAUCAAAUUAUUAAACAAGAUGUGUUAUUUUUUUUCUACUAGCUACAUGUAAACACGUCAACACGUUUAACUAACUUUAACUAAUCUGCUCAGCAAGAUUCUGCUCCGUCUUGAUAGUAGUUGGGCUGACUUUAAUGCUAAUGUUCUCUAUAGCGCCCCUUGUGGCGGCAUUGAGAAUGCAACAAGCUCUUGCAUUGUUUCGAAUCGUUAUGAAACGCAUUUCAAAAUGAAACGACACAUGAAACUUUCACUAAUCUUAAAUGCUUCAAGAGAUUAAAACUAGAUCGCUUAAGAAACAAAACAAUGCUUAAACCAGCCUAUGAUGGUUUGCUGGUCUUACCUGGUUUAAGCUGGUCUUAUCUGGUCUCCCAGCCUCACCUGCCCAAACCCUCUUUACAAACCAGCUACGAGACUAGCUAAGACCAGUUUAGGCUGGUUUUUCUUAGCGGGGAUCGCUAUUGCAACACCCGAACAACUGGCAGAACGUCAUUACAACUUACAAACCUCGAACUUUCCAUUUUUUAAAAUUGUUUCUUUCUGUUUGCGUUUCUGAGAAAUGAUACUGUGAUCACAUUUAUAUCAGAGCUCAGAUCAGUGAUUGAAUAUCUGACUCCAGAGUUUAUAUUAAUGUUAUUUAAUAACGCUUUAUCAGUUGGUUUCCUGAAUCAGUGGCUGUGGUCGCAACACGACGUCCCCAAUCCAGCAUAUCAUUAUAUAAAGCCUUUGACCUCAGUCUGGUGUUGUUUCCCGUGGUUGUGCUGCUAACUGGAUCCUGUAGAUGCUGUGAAUCUGUGCCGUUUUGAACGGAGAUGAAUGUGAAUGAGGGGAACACGUUCCUCCAUCUGCACUGCAGGAUGAACGACCGCUGAUGUUUCCUACAGGCUUUUGUAAAACACCUGAAGAACAUCUGAAUAAAACUACAGGGUAAAACCUCACUAAUGCAUCUUCUGGGUUGAUUCCUAAACAUGCGUGUGUAGUGCAAACCAAACCUUUUAUAUUCAAAGAGAGAUUUUAGGAUUAUUUUUGAGGUUAGUGGUUGUUUUAGAGGGUGUGUGGGUGUUUUUGGGUGUCACCUGGGUGUGUUGGAGCGAAUUUUAUUUUUCAUAACUUUUUUUAAACGAGCAAAUUGGCCCAAGUGUUCUAAAGUUUACCCCAUUUGCUGUGCCCUAUUUAAGGGUAUAUGGUGCAUUAUUCAGAUCGGGACUUCGGA